AUGAGUGAAGAACGGCUUUUGAAUGGAGACUUCGAGACUUACGCAGCUGCAGAGCUGGAGGUCACACUUUUAGGACCAGAAGCCACCUUUGAACGAGAAUUCAAGUUCACGGUCAAUUCCUCCGGUCCUCUUAUUGUCAGCUUCUUCCUCCAAUAUUUAUUAUCAGUAACCACCAUUUUCGCCGCAGGCAAGUUGGGACCCAAAGAGCUUGCUGCUGCGUCCUUGGCGGUUUGUACCUUUAAUAUCACCGGGUUGGCGGUUUAUCAGGGAAUGUCCACCAGUUUAGAUUCGUUGUGUUCGCAGGCAUUUGGAUCUGGAGACCUCCACAACGUAGGAGUUUACUUCCAACGGUGUUCGCUUAUGAUCCUUGUAGUGACAAUAUUUCCUUUGAGCAUAAUCUGGUGGUUUUCAGCCAGUAUUUUGGAACCUUUGGUCGGUGAUGCUGAGUUGGCCCAGUUGGCCCAGCUCUAUUUGCGUAUCAGCACUCUUGGAACCCCGGGCUUGUUCCUUUUCGAGACGGGAAAACGGUUCUUGCAAGCACAGCAUAUUUUCCAUGCUGCCACAUACAUCCUUAUGAUUGUGGCUCCCAUCAAUAUUUUGUUGAAUUAUCUUUUAGUCUGGAGCCCCACCUACGGUUUAGGGUAUAUCGGAGCCCCAAUUGCGGUCUCGAUUGUUUAUUGGCUUAUGACGCUUCUAAUGAUUGGAUACAUUGUGUUUGUGGAUGGUCGCAAAUGCUGGAACGGGUUUGAUUGGCAGAAAGCCACCAUCAACUGGAUCCCUAUGCUCAAAUUGGCCCUUCCCGGAGUUAUCAUGGUGGAGGCAGAAUAUUUGGCCUUUGAAGUGUUAACAAUUCUCGCGGCUUCGUUCGGAACCGACUCGUUAGCUGCUCAGUCCAUUGCCCUGAACGUGGGAUCCUUGGCAUUUCAACUUGCAUUCGCAGUGGCCGUAGCCAUCACCACCAGAAUAGGACACUACGUGGGUUCCCACAAUAUCGGUGGGGCACGUCGUGUGCUUCAGGUGUUCUUAGUCCUUGGAGUCUUCCUUUCUUGCUUCAAUUUCACGGUUCUUUUCUUUGGAAAGACCUUUUUGGCUGGUGUUUUCACCAAGGACACCGGAGUUAUCAACAUUGCCAGUAGAUUAAUUGGACUUGCUGCCAUCAACCAACUUGCAGACUCGUUCAAUGUGUUGGGUGCAGGGGUACUUCGUGGCCAAGGAAAACAACGGAUCGGAUCGAUUUUGAAUAUCGCUUCCUACUAUUUUGUGGCAUUACCCAUUGGGUACCUUUUAGCAUUUCCCAUGGGAUACGGAGUUGAAGGCCUCUGGAUCGGGUUGAUCUCGGGAGUAGCUUUUCUCGCUGCCUCCGAAGGAUAUGUGAUCUACUACAGCAACUGGGAACACAUCAUUGCUGAACUGAUGAAUCGUCAUGAUCAUUAG